AGCCAAAGAAGGAAUAACAGUGCCUAUUGUGACCAGAGGACAAGAAGUUGCACAAAUUCUCUCAGAUCUACGAGCUGCGGAGGAAAUUUCUUGGCCCUCCCUGCUGGUAAUUUUUGACGCCUGGCUAGACGCAGAUCAAAUGAAACAGAUAUUCAAAGCAAUUAGUGAGGCACAGCCAAAGGUACGUUUUGUUUCACCGCAGAUGCAAAUGUUAGAUCUAGGAUACUUUUCAAGCUACGACAUGGUUCGCCAGACAAUAGCCGAAUUUCCAAAUUUGAGCAGUAUAGAGCAUUUUCUUGUAAUUACUGGGAGAGAAAACAUUUUCAUCGUUAUGAAAAUAGCAAAAUCUCUCAGGCUGGUGAAUCCGAGCACGCAGUGGCUGUACGUGCUUCCCGAAACUCAGUACUACUCAUUGACAAAUGACUCAAGAAUUAUAUCUCUCCUCCACGAAGGGGACAACGUUGCUUUCCUUAUCAACGCCACGCGCCACUCGAGCGAAACAAACAGUUGCUCGGAGGGUGGAAUUCUGUGCUAUUCGCGUGAAUUAUUGAGGGCCCUGGUCGCCAGUUUGGCAUCUUACGCGACCACGGAACAAAUCGCUCUCAAGAGGGUGGCUAAAGAUGAAUGGGAGGAAGAAAAAUUGUCCGUAUCUGAGAGGAGGGAAAUACUCUUGAAACAUAUAACUGCAGGAAUUGCCAAAAAUUUGGGGGAAACCUGCGACGGGUGCAUGGCGUGGAAAAUGAGAAGUGCAAUUACUUGGGGAUUGAAGGGCCCCACUGGACCUAGUGGAGAUGAAGAAGCCUCAAUGAUCGAAUCUGGAAUUUGGCAACCAGGCACUGGGGUUGAGCUAUAUGAUCCACUCUUCACCCACAUAAAACACGGAUUUAGGGGAAAGCAACUUACAAUCGUUUCGUGUCACGCACCACCCUGGCACGAAAUUCAAUUCGACGACCAAGGACAAGUCGUCAAAUACUCAGGAUUUAUUUUUGAUAUUGUCAAUGAAUUGAGCUCCCGUCUUAAUUUUACUUUCAGCUACAAAGUAGUUUUUCCGGCUAAUACUGUAAAAGGCUUUGUUGCGGAAGGAAGGGAACCAACGCUAGACGAUGCAGUAGCAGACGAGCGAUCACCUAUAUGGGACAACAUGAUCGAUCUCGUUCAGCAAAACCACGUAUUUAUGGCCGCAACAGCUAUGUCAAUGUCUGCCGGUCGAGAGUCAAGGGUUCGGUUUACUUUGGCGGUGGCAUCACAGCCUCACACCUUUUUGGUCGCAAAGCCCAGGCAGAUGAGCAGAACUCUACUAUUUCUUUCUCCUUUCACAGGAAAGACCUGGCUGGCGAUAUUCGGCUCCACUCUUCUCGUCGGUCCAGCACUUUAUUUCAUUCACAAGGCUAGCCCCGCAACUGAAUUAGGGCGAGGCUUGAGGCCAAAAAAUGUUGGCCCUAAAAAAGGAGGUUUGAAUAGGAUAAUGAACUGCAUCUGGUACAUGUACGGAGCACUGAUGCAGCAAGGAGCCGUUCAGUUGCCGACCGCUGAUAGCGGUCGUCUGGUGUUUGGGAUAUGGUGGAUAUUUGUGAUGGUGAUUGUCACCUCCUAUUGCGGUAAUUUGGUUGCUUUUUUAACUUUUCCGAGGAUGAAUCCAGCAGUCACAACUUUGGGGGGUUUGCUAAAACUGAGAGGUACGAUGACGUGGGGACUUAUGCGCGGAUCAGAGCUUGAAAAAUUGCUGGAGGACUCGAGCGUGCCUGAAUUUAACUACUUAUUAAACAAGGCUGAGAGACAUGCCGUGGUGGAUGACGCUUUGCUCGAAAGGGUAGCGUACGACAGACACGUUUUGCUCGAGAGACGUUCGCGGCUCUUGAUUCUGCAAUCACUUCAGCUCAAAAAGGCGGGUUACUGCUCAUUUGCAUUAGCUACAGACGACUUUCUGCCUGAGCAAAUAGGUUUGGCGAUGCCAAUUCAAAGUCCUUACACAAACCUCGUGAACAAAGAGAUAAGAAGAAUGCAGCAGGCUGGAUUGAUUGACUCAUGGUUCCGACAUGCCAUGCCCCGAAGGGAUCGGUGUUGGGUGACACCACAGUCGUUGGCAACUGAGGUUAACAGCCACUCCGUCAACUUGGACGAUAUGCAAGGCUCAUUUAUAGUUCUCGGAAUAGGCUUGGUGGCCGCCUUUUUGGCCGCUAUCCUCGAACGCUGUUUCCGUUGUCUCUCAAUCAUGAAGGCCAGAGGCAUCAUCGAGCCGUUCGUCAAUUGAUUAUUGCACAAAUGUUUACAUCUCACUAAAAAUCUCAGGACAGACCGAAUGUGUAUUUGAGAGAUCACAAACCUUUUUGCAUGUUGCGCAUUUAUUCAAUUUUAUUGAAAAACAUAAAAAGUAGCAAAAAUAGAGAAAGGUCAGUUCACCAACGGUUAGAAAAUUUGUACUUGGAAGUAAAUGUUAGUCUCGAUUAGGAAAAGCAAUAAAGGAAUAAAUGUAUCUACCCACUAAAGAAUUUAACCUUCACCGUACAGAUUAAUAAAAUAAAGAAUUAAGCUGUUCUCUAAAGUGUGCGUUUGCUUACAUAUACUUCCGUAUACGACAAAAUAUAAAGAAAAUAACUAAA